CAGAUGGCUGGAGGGGCACUUCGAGACAAGCUCGUUCCGAAGCUAAACAGGUCGGAGGUUCUAAUCGUUUGUAGGAGGCGCGGAAGGCAUAGAAUCAACGAGCAGGACCGACACCGCUACUUGCAUGCGGCCGGAGUAUUCAACAGAAGCAGUAGCUCGAGUACGUAGGUCCGGAAGCAGAGGUUUCCUGCUUACACCCUCUGCAUCUGUCGUCGUUGUUGAAUUCAUUUGCAUAGGACGUGGCUUGCGCUCGCCAACCCAAAAAGUCAUUGUGAUGCGAAAACGGGCGCGAGUCAGCGCCGAAGGCGUACAUUGCACUGUGAACCUGGCUUGUCGCUGUCAGUGGCGAGGCACGCACUGGCGGAUAACCACUAACUCGAAGUGGGGUCCAAAGUGCCACCGAUACACAGUCUACCAAUACUGCCUCGGUGCUACGACCGGCAUCGAGCUAUAGCGACCUGAGCAGACCCAAGUAUGGACCCGCCUUCUUCCCG